GUCCAAAAUGGAAUCGAGAAAGCCUGGGGGAGUAAACAUUAUGUCCUUAAUCCGUUUCAAAUCCUGUGUCCUCUUUGUGGAGAAAUUCGAGUUCUGUCAAAAAUGAACCAACCGCAGGAAAUAGUAGCCCAUAUUAAGGAGUGCAAAGGUAACUCACUGCCAUCUGCACGUGAAAUUGCUAUUAAACGAUUUCAAGCAUGGAAGGAAAAUAACUUUGUCACUGAGGUGCAGCUGAAUAAUGUGGCAAAACUCAUUCCAGAUUUAUUUGAAAAUCAUUCGGUCAUAAUUUCAAAACCAAUGGUCAGAGCAGCAGUUCUGGCCCGUGGCAUUGAUGAAGGGGCAGUUUAA